AAUACCACCUAUAGUAAAAGGCCUGAGCGCUGAAUCGUUAUCACCUUCUGACGUCACACCUUAAGGGGACUCGAUUGUGUUUACCAUUUGAAUUUUAACGUAUGAUUAAAUGGCGAAUUUGUGAAAUUGAGUAAAACUUUCGUUGAAAAAGUUAUUAAAAUGAUGACUAAUUAAUUAAAUUCGUUCUAAAAUGUGGUACAGUGAUGAAAUAUUGUUGUUUUUAUCUACUGGUGGUGUUGGAUUAUCAUUUAUUUUUGUACAAAAGUGAAUUUUUCGCGAUCUGUUUGUGUUGUGACUGUUGUGUGAUUUGGAUGUGUAGAUAUCUUGUGAAGUGAAUAAAAAUGAAAACUGAUGUGUACUAGUGCCUGUGUUUUACUUGAAUAACGUUGCAGUGAAAUGAAUAGUGCACCAUAAAAUCUACAAUGAGUUUUAAACCUGCAUAGUGAAUACAAGAAUACAACCAUCCAACUACAAUGGAUAUCUGAUCAAGAAACCAUCAAAAUCUCAAACCAAUUUGCUGAAAGUGUUCGAAUCAUCAAUUUUAUCACUCAAGUUGGUCAGCAAAAUCAGAGAAAUUGUUUUUAUCGAUCAUAUCACUGCUGAAGAAACUAAACAGUUAUCUGUCCUGUGGUUUUUUACCUGUAGUUGAAAAUGGAAAUGGAAUACACACAUUGGAAUUAGAGUUGAUAUCAUUUUAAUUUAGUGGGAUUUGGACAAAUUCGACAAUUAUUCAUUAUAUUUCACCAGUGAGUUUUGUAAUAUCUUCCAAAAGGUAUAAUUUUGUCAUGUGUAUGCAUAACUUUCAUCUUUAAUGUUGAAAAACAGUGUUGUUUAUCACCUCAUUUUUUCAUUUUGUUCAUUUAAAUCAUUCCUUAGUGAUCUUAAAUUAAUUAUUAAAUAUCAGAAUGUGAUUUAAAACGCAAAAUUAAAUGUUCUUGGGAUUUAUUUCGUUCUAGUGCAUUAAUAUUGCAUUCAUUUCUAUAGUGUUAUCGGAGUAUGUACUCCCCAAUAGUGAUGACGUCACAAAACAGCGCUCAGGCCUUUUACUAUAGGUGGUAUUGCAUGGUUUCAAAAUGUGAGUGUGACUGUGACCUGGGCGGCUAUUACCGAAAUAUUUUUGCUUCCGCAAUCGCCGCAAUCGACGUAAUGAGCGUUGCAAAUUAUUGGCGUUAUCUGGAAAAAUAAAAAAUUUUAAUUGUUAAUUGGGCUUUUAUUAACAUUAUUGUUACUCAAAUAUUAAAAUAACGCACAUUACGCUCAACACGGUUGCUUUUUAUUUAUGCAAACGACGCAAUCUUUUACGUUCAUUGCGUUGGAUUACGUCGAUUGCGGAGGCAAAAAUAUUUCGGUAAUAGCCGCCCUGUGACUGCUCUCACUUGAGUGUUCUUUCGUGGUUCCGGCUGCAUCUGUUUCCGAUUUCGUUCCCGUUCCGGCCCAACUCCGAUCUGCCAAGUGCCAACGUGACGUGACUGUUGCAGGUUGCAAUUGUUGCAAUAAAUAAUUCCGAAAAAUGCAUUAUUGCAAUUGCAAAUUGCACUAUAUACUUGCAGCUUGCAAGUUGCAGUAAGGGAGGGAAAUAAUAUUGUUCAUUUAAAAAUAAUGAUAAUAAUAAUCAAAUAUAAAAAAUAAUUCAGAGCUCUCCAAUCCCGAAUCGUAAAUAUGUCUCUGGUCAACUUUUAAUAAUUUCUUUUUUAUUCUGAUCGAGCAACAACUAUAAAUACUAUUUCCAGUAUCCUGGUGACAAAUUAUUCUGUGUAGCACAUCGCGUAUUCGGCGUACUGCUUCAUGCUUGAAACAUAGUGUUGUUUCUUCAAGUGAUCUGAUAUUGUUCCGGCUUGAAACGUCCAUGGAAGAUAAAGAAAAACAACCCUGUCUCGAAAAUACCGAUUCCGCGGAAACAUCAAAACGAACCAGAAUAAUGAAAAGAUCUGCACCGUUUCCCGCAUCCGACGAAGAUGAUUUCUCCAGCAGCGACGAUUCAGAUGAUGAAUGGAAUGUUUCUCGUAAACAGAAAGUCAAACGAAACAAGAAAACUGUAUUCAAACAAACGCUCAAGUCGAAAUUAUUGGAGAAAACGAAAAAAUUGCGGCAACUCAGUAAGUCAACUAGUGCGUUGGCUGAAGCUGCAGCUGUAGUCGAAGAAUGUAUACCAACUGAGGAGAAGGUUUCAUCGAUUCCAUCGACUGUUGAUGGAGAAAAGAACCGCAUCGCGUCGCCGGUAAAAACGAAAUUGGAGCAGACGUCGAAUGAAAAUGAUGUUACUUCGUCAAGAGAUACAAAGCCUUCGCUCGAUAGAUUAGCCGAGAAAAUUAAAUGCGAGUCGUCCGCUUCAAAUAUUGAAAUAAAAAAUGACGACGAUGUUUCGAGACAUUCGGUGAAAAACAAAGACCAACACGAUCGUAAACCGAUUGUUAUAGAAUAUUCCACUAAUCAUUUUCAAGUCUCCGGAAUGAAUACCUCUCCUGCCAACUUUUCGCAGCCAUUUCCAUCUCAAAUGGACCCUUCAAUUAUUUCUAGUCAAGUAGUUUCGGCGAAAAGUACGGUUUCAGAGAAACAUGGCGACUCGAAUAAAGGAACCAGUCAAUCAACCGAUUUCAAUUACCAAUGCGAAAGAAAUUUUGGAAGUUCGCAAUUUCCUUCGAAUAUAACUGCUCGUAUUUCUCCGAGUAAUGUUCCCAACAUGACCGCCACCAAUCGACGUAAAGUUUCGAUACCAAAAACGAGAGGCGCUCCGUCUAAGCAAAAGCCUGCUGCCGAUUCUCAUAAACUUUCGUCUUCGUCCAUUACACGAUUAAAUAAUGUAAAGAUCGUGAAAAAUCACAAAAUUGAUCAUGCGCCUGUUACUAGACCUCGCAAAAUGUGUCCUGAAAAUCAAAAUCCGCGACUUUCCAGCGUCGGUAGAAUAGUUAAAAAUACUCGUAAUAUCGAUGCAUCCAUUAUUAGUGAAAAGACGAUGCUUUCGAAAGGAGGUUGCUCUUUGAUGAAAACUAGCGCAACUCGUGUUUUGAAUAAAUUCGGAGAUAUUUCACCGAGUGGGACCGUAAUACAUACCGGAACUGGAAGCGUAACUAUUACUCCUCGUAAAAUUGUGCCCGAAAAGCCGCCCAAGCAGAGAAAGCUAUUUAAAAAUGAAAUCGAAGGUACUAUUUCAGGCCGCAGUAUAGGAGGAUUAUUACGAUAUGUCGUGAAUUUGGCGAAUGGUACUUUCAUACCGCUAUCAGAUUUACAGGUAGAAAAACUUCGAGAGCAACAUCAAGGAGCUUUGCCUAUAAAACUGAAAAUACCAGUGCCGAGUGAUGUCGCUGAUAAAAUUGAGCCAAGCUUCUUAAUUGAAGACUAACCCGCGUAGUUCGUUCCUGUGAUGAAAGAAAAAGGAAGAAAAAGACUUUCUUUUUACGCUAUAUUUAUUAUUUACGAGUUCUCAGUUUUGUAUUUCAUGUUAUAUUGUUUUACAUAUAUUGCACUUUGAUUGUUAUUCUUUUUAUACUGUUUUUGACUUUUCAUUUGAAAUUUUCCCAAUUUUUUAUGUUCUUACUUGAAAAAAAAAAUACAAAAUGUAGUAAUUAUGUUUUUUCUAAGAUUUUGCUGAUGGCACUUCUAAAUCUAAAUAUUGUGUAAUUUUUUGGUUUUUAUUUUUUUCCUAGGUACCUUUGUUAUCGAGAAGAUUAUGAAUUUCCAUUCGAGUUAUUAAACGUAGUAAA